AUGCACAUAUUUUUUUUUAGUUUCCCCUGCGUUUUCGCUUCAUAUUUUCACCUUCCUGCGUCACUAUCUAUCUAUCUAUCUAUCUAUCUAUCUAUCUAUCUAUCUAUCUAUCUAUGCCUGUUCAUUAUCAAUCUAUCUCAGACUCUUAAUAUCUAUCUAUCUUUCUAUCUCUCUAUCUCUCUAUCUAUCGCAGUCUGUUCCUAUCUAAUUAUCUCUCUAUCUCAGUCUCUUCAUAUCUAUCUAUCUCUCUAUCUAUCUCAGUCUAUUCAUAUCUAUCUAUCUCUCUAUCUAUUUCAGUCUAUUCAUAUCUAUCUAUCUCUCUAUCUAUUUCAGUCUCUUCAUAUCUCUCUAUCUAUCUAUCUAUUUCAGUCUCUUCAUAUCUCUCUAUCUAUCUAUCUAUCUAUCUCUGUCUCUUCAUAUCUGUCUAUCUAUCUCAGUCUCUUCAUAUCUAUCUAUCUCUCUAUCUAUCUCAGUCUCUUCAUAUCUAUCUAUCUAUCUAUCUGUCUCUCUAUCUCAGUCUCUUCAUAUCUAUCUAUCUAUAUCUCAGUCUCUUCAUAUCUAUCUAUCUAUCUAUCUAUCUAUCUAUCUAUCUAUCUCAGUCUCUUCAUAUCUAUCUAUCUAUCUAUCUAUCUAUCUAUCUAUCUAUCUGUCUCUCUAUCUCAGUCUCUUCAUAUCUAUCUAUCUAUCUCUCUAUCUCAGUCUCUUCAUAUCUAUCUAUCUAUCUAUCUAUCUAUCUAUCUAUCUAUCUAUCUAUGCCUGUUCAUUUUCUAUCUAUCUAUCUCAAUCUGUUCAUAUCUAUCUAUCUAUCUGUGUUUAUAUCUAUAUCUUCUGGUGUUCUUAAUUAGCUUCUUUUUUAUUCACUCGACUCUCUUUCGUUCUUUCUCUUUUCUCCAAUAUUCUUUCUUUUUUUUUGCUUUCAUUCUUUCCUUCUUUCUUUCUUUCCUUCUUUCUUUCUUUACUUCUUUCUUUCUUCAUAACUUAAUUUCGGGCAUACUUCUUUCUUCCCAUUGUAGCUAUUCUCCACGUCUCUCCUUUCCAUUCUUGGCUCGUAAAUUAGUCUUGAACCUUCACCUCCGCCCUCAGUCAAUGACUCUCGUCCACAGUAUCUUGAUUGCCAUACUUCCGGUCGUCUUUCUGCGCGCGCAACAUCCGCCAUUAACGAGAAUAUUCUCUAUUCACUGA